CCACAACGCCAGACCCUAAAAUCAGUUUUUAAAUUUUAGAGACCUCAAAUAAUUUUUUUUAAAUGUGUUUGUUUGAAAGGCAGAGUGACAGGAAAAGAGAGAGCUCUCCCAUUCGUUGGUUCACUCCCCAGAUGGCUGCAACAGCUGGGACUGGGCCAGACCAUAGCCCAGAGCCGGGAAUUCAGUCUGAGUCUGCCACGUGGCUGGCAGGACCCCAGCUACUUGAGCCACCACUGCUGCCUUUCAGGGUCAGCAUUAGCAGGAAGCUGGGGUCAAGUGCAGGGGCUGAGUGUGGAGCCCCCAGCAUGGCACGCGGGUGUCUUAGCCAGCAUCUUACCUGCUGUAGCAAACAGCCGCCCCUAGUGUGUCUUUUCUUAAAUCCGUUGUCUUAGUUCCUGUUGACCCAUCACACGUGUCCGUAGCACCAAAGGUAAAAGGUGCAAGAGGGGGUAUGGUGGGCAGGAGCCCCCUCAGCCCUGUCCCCAGGCCUGACACACACACACUCUGCUCUGACCUUUUGAGGUCCCCUGCAGACAUGUGUGACCAGGUACAUCGCCCCCUCAAGUGCCCCCACAGCAGUUGUCUCUUCCUCGCCACCGCCAGGUGUGGCCUUGCACAGAGGGGCAGGCCUUGGUCUGCCCAGCUCCCCGCGGUGAACGCCAGGUCUCGCGCUGUGGGAUGGGUCUCACGGCAGAGACCUGCCUGGCUUCACUGCGUGCAACAGCCGGGGUCGCUCCCGCGCCGCCCUGUCCUGGCCGCGGCGGGGGUGUUCAGUGUCCACACGGACAGCACUGCCGGCCCCCACAGCUCACCCCGGGUCCCGAGUCGGCCAUCGUGCCCCUGAGAGUGGCCUCCUUGGACUCCUGCUACCCACCCCGACCAGGCCUCCCUCUGCCGCCUCUUCCUCUUCCAUCAGGAGAACUGGACCUUGGCGCACCCCCUGCACUGCCUGGACACGCCCUCCCUCCUCUCCUCACCAAGGCUGGCCGGCCGCCUGUCACCCCCUCGACCCCGCCCCGGGUGCAUGGCUGUCAGCCCCUCCCUGCCUCUGCAUCUCCUCUGGUCCUCUGCAGGGCAGCCCCAGCCGCAUGCAGACACACUGGUGUGUCCUCCCCUCCCCUUCUCCCAGGCCUUCCUGAGCGCCCACCCACUCAGCUUUCACCUCUGUCUCUCACCAAAGGACCCCAUGAGGGUCGCCUGGGCCCUUGGACCGCCAGGUCUCAGAGGCCACCUUGCCCGCCUGUCCCGACUCCCCCUGCUGGUUCCCCCCCCCAGCCUCCAGCCUGGCGUCUGCCCUUUAGCUCACUCCUCCGAGCAUCACCUCCUCCAGGGCCAGCAUGUUGGCUGUUCUCAUUCCAGCUAGAACUGCUCCCUCCUUGCUGUUUCUACCUCCAUCAGUGGCCACCCCUUCAGCAGCCUUAGCAAGAAACCCUUGCGCUGCUGUCACACCUCCCGCCCCUCCUCGUCUUGUCCACAUUCUGACUCCGGGAAGGGUUCAGUGAAGACCUGAGGUCAGAUCAUCUCAGUCCCGUCGAAGCCUCCACUGCCCCCCAGUGCCAACCCUCAGUCAAGGCUCAAGGGACCCCAGCAGCCUCCUUGCUGUUCCUCCAGGCUGCCCGGCCAUCCCCUAAUCUUUUUACCUGGGCUCUUUCCCCAGAAGCCCCUGGCCCAGCCCUGCUAACUCCCAGACCCUCCCAGCUGCUGGCUCCCUGGUACUGGUGCAAGUUCUGGAAAGACAGGGCUUGCUGUCGCUCUGUGCAGUGGGCUCUGCACCCAGCACUGGCCCAGCGUGCCGGGGGUGCUCAUUCCUGGAAGGAGAGGUGCCGAGUCUGCUGCAUGCCGGGGCGGUGCCAGUGUGUGUCCCCAUCCGUGCGUGCUCGCGCGCCUGCCCCUCCUGAGUGUCCAGGUCGGGUUUCUGCUAGAGAGAGAACCAUGAGGAUAGUUAAAGAGUUCACAGAAAAAGGAAUUGCAGGGUAAGUUUAUUUUGGUGCAGAAUUUGAAAUCCGGGCCUAGUUUUUUCAUCACUCACCUUUCCAUGGAUUUCUGAAGUUCUCCUAGGAACUCAUUUUAGCUCUGAUUUUUUUUUUGGUCAUUGUUGACUUAUUUGAAAGAGAGAGAGAGAUCUCCCAUCCACUGGUUCACUUCCCAAAUCCUGCAAUGACUGGGACUGGAACGGACUGAAGCCGGGAGCUCAGCACAGGUCUCCCGUGCGGGCGGCAGGGACCCACCCACUUCAGCUGUCACCGGCCGCCUCCCCGGUGUGCGUCAGCAGGAAGCUGGGGUCAGAAGCGGAGCCGGGACCUGGAUGCAGCAUCCUCUGCACUGUGCCGAGGCCUGCUCCUUGGCGGAAGUUUCAAAAUGGAAAUCUUCAUAUUUUCUUCCCCAAAAACCGGCCAACUGUCUCCAUAGGAGGCUGUUGUUAAAAACACCCUGCUACAUUUACAAAUACCACUGCUGCAUCUAUAACGAUCAAACAGGGUGUGUGUUUGCUUUCAACUGAGUUCCCUUGGUGCCAGUGUGGGUUGCGUGGGAGCUGUGGAAGAGCCGUCUCUGAGCCUCGCUGUCGCCCGGUACCUGUGGAGUGAGGGGCCGAGGACCCUGACAGCCCAGAGCCAGGAUGAAGACGGUGCUCAUGGUGGCGGAAAAGCCGUCCCUGGCCCAGUCCAUCGCCAAGAUCCUCUCUCGAGGGAACAUGUCCUCGCACAAGGGGCUCAAUGGCGUAUGCUCAGUGCACGAGUACACCGGCACCUUCGCCGGCCAGCCUGUCCGCUUCAAGAUGACAUCCGUCUGUGGCCACGUGAUGACCUUGGACUUCCUGGGGAAGUACAACAAGUGGGACAAGGUGGACCCCGCGGAGCUGUUCAGCCAAGCCCCGACCGAGAAGAAGGAAGCCAAUCCAAAGCUGAACAUGGUGAAGUUCCUGCAGGUGGAGGGCAGAGGCUGCGACUACAUCGUGCUGUGGCUGGACUGUGACAAGGAAGGGGAGAACAUCUGCUUCGAGGUCCUUGAUGCCGUCGUCCCCGUCAUGAAUAAGGCCCAUGGCGGCGAGAAGACCGUGUACCGGGCCAGGUUCAGCUCCAUCACAGACACAGACAUCUGUAGCGCCAUGGCCCGCCUGGGCGAGCCGGACCACAACGAGGCGCUGUCGGUGGACGCCCGCCAGGAGCUGGACCUGCGCAUUGGCUGUGCUUUCACCAGGUUCCAGACCAAGUACUUCCAGGGGAAGUACGGCGAUUUGGACAGCUCUCUCAUCUCCUUCGGGCCAUGCCAGACUCCUACAUUGGGCUUCUGUGUGGAGAGGCACGACAAAAUCCAGUCCUUCAAGCCGGAGGCCUAUUGGGUGCUGCAGGCCAAGGUGAACGCCGACAAAGACAGGUCGCUGCUUCUGGACUGGGACCGAGUGAGAGUGUUCGACCGGGAGAUCGCACAAAUGUUCUUAAACAUGACAAAGCAGGAGAAGGAAGCCCAGGUGGAGGCCACGAGCAGGAAGGAGAAGGCCAAGCAGAGGCCACUGGCCCUGAACACCGUGGAGAUGUUGCGUGUGGCCAGCUCUUCUCUGGGCAUGGGGCCACAGCACGCCAUGCAGACAGCCGAGCGGCUGUACACGCAAGGCUACAUCAGCUACCCGCGGACAGAGACCACCCACUACCCUGAGAACUUCGACCUGAAGGGCUGCCUGCGACAGCAGGCCAACCACCCCUACUGGGCCGACACGGUGAAGCGGCUGUUAGCUGAAGGUGUCAACCGCCCGCGCAAAGGCCAUGACGCUGGCGACCACCCUCCCAUCACCCCCAUGAGGUCUGCCACGGAGGCCGAAUUAGGCGGCGACGCAUGGCGGCUGUACGAGUACAUCACCAGGCACUUCAUUGCCACGGUGAGCCACGACUGCAAGUAUCUCCAGACCACCAUCUCUUUCCGGAUCGGCCCUGAGCUGUUCACCUGCUCGGGGAAGACCGUCCUCUCGCCAGGCUUCACGGAGAUCAUGCCCUGGCAAAGCGUGCCCCUGGAGGAGAGCCUGCCCACCUGCCAGAGGGGCGACACCUUCGCCGUGGCCGAGGUGAAGAUGCUGGAGAAGCAGACCAGCCCCCCCGACUACCUGACCGAGGCCGAGCUCAUCACACUCAUGGAGAAGCAUGGCAUUGGGACUGACGCCAGCAUCCCCGUGCACAUCAACAAUAUCUGCCAGCGCAACUACGUCACCGUGGAGAGUGGGCGCCGGCUCAAGCCCACCAACCUCGGCGUCGUCCUGGUGCACGGCUACUACAAGAUCGACGCAGAGCUGGUGCUGCCCACCAUCCGCAGCGCCGUGGAGAAGCAGCUGAACCUGAUCGCCCAGGGCAAGGCCGACUACCGCCAGGUCCUGGGCCACACCCUGGACAUCUUCAAGCGCAAGUUCCACUACUUCGUGGACUCCAUCGCCGGCAUGGAUGAGUUGAUGGAGGUGUCCUUUUCGCCCCUGGCGGCCACCGGCAAGCCCCUGUCGCGCUGCGGCAAGUGCCACCGCUUCAUGAAGUACAUCCAGGCUAAGCCGAGCCGCCUGCACUGCUCGCACUGCGACGAGACCUACACCCUCCCCCAGAACGGCACCAUCAAGCUCUACAAGGAGCUGCGCUGCCCGCUCGAUGACUUCGAGCUGGUCCUGUGGUCGUCGGGCUCGCGGGGCAAGGCCUACCCGCUGUGCCCCUACUGCUACAACCACCCGCCCUUCCGAGACAUGAAGAAGGGCAUGGGCUGCAACGAGUGCACGCAUCCCAGCUGCCCACACUCGCUGAGCAUGCUGGGCAUCGGCCAGUGCGUGGAGUGCGAGCGUGGGGUGCUGGUGCUGGACGCCACCUCGGGCCCCAAGUGGAAGGUGGCGUGCAACAAGUGCAACGUGGUAGCCCACUGCUUCGAGAAUGCACACCGCGUUCGGGUCUCGGCUGACACCUGCCCCGCCUGCGAGGCCGCCCUGCUCCACGUGGACUUCAACAAGGCCAAGUGCCCCCUCCCGGGCGACGAGACCCAGCACACGGGCUGCGUCUUCUGCGACCCUGUCUUCCAGGAGCUGGUGGAGCUGAAGCACGCGGCCUCCUGCCACCCCAUGCACCGUGGUGGGCCGGGGCGGAGGCAGGGCCGGGGGCGGGCCCGGGGCCGGCGGCCUCCCGGGAAGCCCAACCCCAGGCGGCCCAAGGACAAGAUGUCCGCCCUGGCUGCCUACUUCGUGUGACAGCCCUGUCGCCCUCACACACGUGGCCUUUAGGCCACUGAAACCAUUAAAACACAUCGUGUCCAGAGCAAGAGGCUUGGGGCCUUUACGCCAAUGCCGCU